GUCAUAGGAUAGCACAAGGGUUAAGCAGAUCUAUGGCAUGUUUUCUGGUAAAUGACAAAGUAUUGCUUCAUCUUGAACUUUUAAUGCAGCUUCAGGUUAAAACAUGUACAAGGUUCUAGCCUUAGAUCAUUCCAUGAGAAUAAAGGGAAGACUAGGUGUGACUAGUUUUAUUGAGAUUAGGGAAAACACUGGUUUCAGUUUUCUUUCGAGAAAAACUAUAUGGAAAAAUGUUUACAUUACAGCUCUUUUAAAAUAUGUUAAUUUAUGGGUGUGGCUUUAACAGGAAUUUGUUCAUAGUUUUUCCUUUCAUUUCUUUCACUUAAACUCAGCCACAGAGGACAGAAGCGCCUUUCCAGCUGAGAAGAUGAACCUAUCCAAUUGUUCUUACAACUAUGGAAACAUUGAAAACAAGCUGCUGCCUGCUCUUUACACCAUCACGUUCAUCAUUGGUUUUGUGGGUAAUGCAUGGGGGCUGAAGUUGUUGCUGCAGAAAUGGCAGAAACUGGGAAACAUUAAUGUUUUUGUCCUCAACCUCGGACUUGCCAACGUCUUGUACCUGUUCACCAUUCCAUUUUUGAUGGUGUACUACUUCAGCGGAAGGAAAUGGAUUUUUGGGGACGCUUUCUGCAAGAUGACAAGAUUCUGCUUCAACGUGAACUUGUACUGCAGCAUCGGGUUCCUCACCUGUAUUAGUGUGUACAGGUACCUGGCCAUCGUCCAUCCUCUGAGAAUGAUGGGAAGACUAACUGUGACUCGUUCUGUGCUGAUCUCAGUCCUUGUUUGGCUUUUGGUGAUUGUUCAAAGUAUGCCAGACAUCUUUUUUCCAAAACGAUUCGAAGACAAAGCACAGUGCUUCCACUCUACAAGCCAUGAAAAGACUGAGGAUUACCUAACAUACAGCCUUGUGUGGACAACCACUGGAUUUUGUAUCCCAUUACUUGUCACUCUGGGCUGCUACGGACAUGUGACUUUUGUUCUUUGUCGCAGGAACAAUAUAGAGAAGAGACUGAGACAAAAGUGUGUGAAAUUUCUUUUCAUUUUGAUUCUUCUUUUCUCCGUCUGUUAUAUUCCUUAUCACGUCUUUAGGAACCUAAGUCUAUUUUCUAGAAUUCAGAGGAAACAGAAUAUUUGUGUUUGGUGGGAUAAACAUGUUUUUACAGGUCAUCAGAUCAGUCGGGGGCUUGUGUGUCUGAACAGUGCUCUCAAUCCUAUGGUUUCUACUCUUCAGAUGAGUGAACAUAUUCUGGCUCACAUUCGACAGCUCCCAAAACAAGUUCCUAAGUUUUUCUAUCAUUUGAAUUCAAGCAGUGACACAAUAACUGAAGAAGAAGCUCUGAGAUCAACAUCAAUGUCGACCACAACCUCAAAAUAAAAGUUUGUCUUUGUUCUGA